UUUAAUGUAACUGUAUUUUCACACCAGUGUUUUACAAAGCAACAUAAAAAAAGUGAUUAGUAGUUUAAGAUAUAAUUUUUUUAAUUCUGUAGUUGAAUGACGGAAUAAUUUUUUAGUACAUUUAAGAGAUCAAAAAUGUUGCCAUGACUAAAAUUAAAACAGUUGCAAAUCAUUUUUAAAUAGUAUCGAGAGUUGCGUUCUUCGAAUUUAAAAAUUAUAAACUAAAAAUCAUCAUAAUGGUCUCUGAGCAGGGAAAUGAACAUGGAGAAGAUGCUCAUCAAGAAAAAUCAGAUACAAUAUUAGAUUCCUCUAUAUCUGUUAGUAGAUCUUGUGCUUCAGAAAAUAUGCAAGAUAAUGCUUACGGAUUAGACCUUAAUUCAUUAGAAUCGGUAAGUGACGAAAAAGUGUUCUUACAGCAUAAUAACAUUUUGGUCUCUACAAGUCAAGCAGUGGAAAGUAGAGAUUCUCAAAGAAUUAAACAAGAAGAGAUAGAAGAAGAACAUAUAAAAGAAGUUAGGCUAAAUAAAGCAGAAGCUUCAAGAUGUGCUUCUGAUUCAAGAGAAAAAGUAAUAGAAAAUUCUAUUACACCUUUAGAAAAAAAUGUAAAAUGUAAUCCAUCAUCAGUGCAAGAUGUAGAAAGUACAUCUACAGAAAUGGUAAAUAAUACUUAUUUACAAACUAAUACUCAGUGUCACGGAAAUACUCGAAGAAAACAAAGAUUGUUAAAUAUGGUAGAAAAUGAAUACAAGAAAAAUAUAGAAUCAACACAUCCUGAUAAUGAAGAAAAUUUUUUAUUUGAUAUAAAUUGUAUUCCGAAUGUAGAUGAUGCAAAUAGCAAUAUCAGUUUGAACGUUGCAAAGUGCGACUCUCAUAAUUUUACAAAAACGAAGAGUUUUGUUAAUUUAAAUGUGCAUAAUGAUUAUGAUUGCAUGGAAGGUGCGAUAUCUUUACCUUUAUGCACCUCAGCAAUAAUUCCUAAAACGAUGACAGAAGAUGAUGAAAAUAUAAAAAUAGAUUGUAAUAAGCCAUUUAAAUUACCAAGUUUAGUGAAUUUAUUUGAAGUAGCUAAGGCUCAAAGAGAAGAAUUGGAAGAAAAUGCAGGAGUCGUUUCUGAUUUGUCCUCAAAUCACGUCCAUCAGUUUGAAGGUAUCGAAGGAUCAAUUCAUUCGUCUAAUAGUAGUGAUGGAAGUAAUUCUGAAACUGAAUCUCAACAAGCUUCAAGUAAACAUGGCAGGUGUAGGAAGAAAUCAUAUAAUAUAAAUAAAAUAACAAGGAAGGAAGGAGUGGAAUAUUAUCAACUGUGGCGAAGCACAGCAGGUCUUUCAACGCCUGAAUCAUUGUAUGAAACUUUAUAUCCGAAUCCUCCUCCAUUACCACCUAGAUCAGCUCAUAAACCUCUUUAUAGGACAACAGCUAUAUUGAGUACGCCACCCGAGUUACCUAAGAAAUGCAAUCUUAAGACUCCAAUGCGACCCGAAGAUUGCUUUGGAUUUGAAAUUGUAGAUGUUGAUGAAGGUCCUAAUUUAAAGCAGACUAGAACGGCUGUUACCAAAAGUAUAGCACUUUUAAGUUCACCUAGAUCUCAUAGACAAUUGACAAGACCUGAACCUGGAACAAGCAGCCAAAUUGAAUGUCCGCCUACUCCAACACAUCGACCAAAACCAUUACGUCCAUUACCAAUUUGUCCUUCUCCCAAGUCAACUUUAACAUCUGAAGAACCUUUGCCUGCAUCUUGGGAAGCUCGUAUUGAUAGUCACGGUCGAGUAUUUUACAUAGAUCAUGUUAAUCGCACAACAACCUGGCAAAGUCCUGGAUUAACCUCGCGCAAUUUAGGCUGUGACCUGCGUCGACAACAACUUGACAGGCGAUAUCAAAGUGUGCGUCUGACUAUUUCACGACAAGACAUUGAUCAAGAACCCAGUUCCUCGAAUAUUAAUCCUAGUCAAUUUGAAACCAACAGUGAUAGGCCAACUGAAAGAAACACUAACAAUAGAAGUGAAUUUGAUUCUUCUGGUGUAAUCACAAUACCCGCAGUCUUAUUUUUAAGUAGACCAGACUUUUUUACAGUUCUCCAUACUAAUGCAGACGCUAUGGAAUUGUAUAAUCGCAAUUCAAGCCUAAAACAUAUAAUCAAUAGAAUUAGAAGAGAUUCCACGGUGUUUCCACGAUAUGAACACAACAGAGAUUUGGUAGUAUUAGUCAAUUUGUUCGCAGACGUAAAUAAAGAUUUACCAGUUGGUUAUGAAUCAAAACUAGAUCGAAAUGGCAAAAGAUUUUUUAUUAAUCAUAUGAGAAAAACAACAUCAUUUAUUGACCCAAGAUUACCGACGGAAGCAACACAUCCGAGAACAAGUGCUGAAGAAGUACCACUUCCUCCACCAAGAACACAGCAACCAGUGAUUUCGGCAACUGCAGUUACGACUGCUCAACCCGACAUUCCCGUAGCAUAUAAUGAUAAGGUUGUAGCUUUUUUACGCCAACCAAACAUAAUGGACAUUCUCAAAGAACGACAUUCAGCUUUUAGUCAAAAUGUUGCUUUGAAAGAAAAAAUUAAUACAAUUCGAGUUGAAGGAUCCACAUCUUUGCAACGUUUAGGGCAUGAUGUCCCUUUGGCAUUACUUUUAAGUUUAUUUGAGCAAGAAAUUAUGUCAUAUAUUCCUGGUAUUGGAAGAUCUCCUCUCAGCAGUCCCCAUGCCUCUCCUGGUUUAGCUAGAGCUUCAGCCAGAGCACCUGCUCCGUAUCGGAGAGAUUUUGAAGCAAAACUCCGCACUUUUUACAGAAAACUAGAAAGCAAAGGUUAUGGUCAAGGUCCCGGUAAAUUGAAAUUGCACAUCAGACGAGAACACUUAUUGGAAGACGCUUUUACUCAUAUAAUGGCAGUAUCAAAAAAAGAUCUGCAAAAGGGAAAACUUGUUGUAAUUUUUGAUCAUGAAGAAGGCUUGGAUUACGGAGGACCGUCUAGAGAAUUUUUUUUUCAUUUAUCACGUGAACUCUUUAAUCCUUAUUAUGGUUUAUUUGAGUAUUCAGCUAAUGAUACUUACACGGUUCAAGUGUCACCGAUGUCUGCCUUUGUAGAUAAUUACCAUGACUGGUUUAGAUUUUCAGGAAGAGUUUUAGGAUUGGCAUUAGUUCAUCAGUACUUACUUGAUGCUUUUUUCACAAGACCUUUUUAUAAAGCACUCUUGAAAAUAUCAGCAAGUUUAAGUGAUUUAGAAAGCUUGGAUCAGGAAUUUCACCAAAGUUUAUUGUGGAUUAAGGAAAAAGAUAUAAGCAUAGAGCCUUUAGAGUUAACUUUUUCUGUGACUGAAGAAUUACUAGGAAAAGUAACAGAGCGAGAACUAAAACCUGGUGGCAGAAAUAUUUCAGUAACUGAAAAGAAUAAGAAAGAAUAUUUGGAACGUAUUUUGCGUUGGCGUUUAGAAAGAGGAGUUGCUGAGCAAACAGAGUCUUUGGUUAGAGGUUUUUAUGAAGUUGUUGAUCCUCGUUUAGUUUCAGUAUUUGAUGCACGAGAAUUAGAACUAGUAAUAGCUGGUGCUGCCGAAAUAGAUCUAAAUGACUGGAGAGCCCAUACUGAGUACAGAAGUGGUUAUCAUGAUACUCACCCUGUAGUGGAAUGGUUUUGGAGCAGUAUUACUCAUUUUACAAACGAACAAAGACUAAGACUAUUGCAGUUUGUCACUGGAACGUCUAGUAUUCCUUAUGAAGGAUUUUCAGCUUUACGUGGAUCUACAGGACCUAGAAAAUUCUGCAUUGAGAAAUGGGGGAAACCAAACAGUCUACCAAGAGCUCACACUUGUUUCAAUCGUUUGGAUCUUCCACCUUAUCCGACUCCAGAAAUUUUAUAUGAAAAAUUAUUGCUGGCAGUAGAGGAAACUUGUACCUUUGGAAUAGAAUAAGAUAUUCAAAAAUUACAAUGUCAGGUAAAUAAAAAAAAUAUUUAAAUUCACAUAAAAUAUAACAUCUCCCAAAUUAAUAUUCUACUUCGUAACAUGAGCAUAAUAAUUGGAAAAAUUAUGAAAAUCAAAAUGUAAAUAUUUUUAGGAAGUUUUCAUUAUACAUGGGUUUAAUACGUUUUUUAGUUGCAUAAUUACAGAAAAUCAUAAAACAAUUUCUAAAAAAUCUACGUUUAGUGCAAUUCAAAUAAAGUACUUAAAUAAUAAUAAUAAUAAAAAUAAUACUUUAUUUCAUUGCUCACCUUUUUUAAGAGCUUUUAUAAUUUUUUCUCAUGUACAUAAAUAUAACUUAACUUAUGUAUCAAAUUCUAUGAAAAAUCCCUUUUCACAAUGUCAGCAACAACAUAUUACAUGAUAUAUUUAAGGGAGGGAGGGGGUGUAAAUUACCUCAAAUAUGUAUCACGUAAUAUGUGAAUGAUCCAGUCAUUUUUUUAAGUAAAAAAUACAUUUCUGUUUAUCGUUAAUUUGAUGAAAAAUUUUUACAAAAAUCGUUAUAUUGAAUAAAAAUACAAAAUUCUACGCAACAACGAAUAAAUAUUUAAAUGCAUGUAAUAAGAAAUUUUAUUAAAUGUUGUUUAGCUAAUGUUUAAAUUUUCAAUUAUAAUAUUUAUAUAUACAUAUAAUAAAUAUGUAAUAGACGGUAAACACUGAAGGAUAUGAAAAUAUAUGUACUCCGCAUAAAGACAUAAUGAAUGUAUAUAGAGUAAUUAACUGAGAAUACAGUUGCCAAUUUAUACUCGUGUGAUCAUUAUAGUGUGUAAAAUCUUUUUUCUUCUAUCUGCCUGGAAAUUUUAUCAUUUUGUGCAUUUAAAGCAGAUGCGAAAUAAGCAAUUACCGCCAGUGAAGGUAUAAACAUCAUGGCGCAAAAGUUUUCAUUUUAAGAAUAACACAUUACUUCCUUACAGGAAUAAGCUCGUAAGCGUAAAAUUAAAUUUCAUGACAUUAAAAUAAACGAUUAUAUAAUUUGAUUAGACAGUUAUUCAUCAUUAUUAUAGAGUUAAAACAACUGGCUAUGGAUCAGCCCACGAACUCGAGAAUGCACACCGCUUACUAUAGGAUGAGUGUCAGUUUUCUGCAGAAUUUUUGAAAUCUCAUUAAGGUGUAAAGUUAAUCAAUUUAAUAUACUCUCAAAUAAAAGUCAUUUGAUAAAAUCUGUAAAAAUAUCCACACUUACCUUACAGUAACAGAUAAUGAUUUUAGAUUUAACUGUUAUUUUCUUUUAGCAAUAUUGUAAGUUAUGAAAAGUUGAAUAAAAGAAAUGAAAAUGAA